AUGGGCAAGGCCUUUUACUGGGGUACUUCCCAAUGGAGCGCCGAUGAGAUAGCUACAGCCUGGAGGUAUGCUGACAAGCUUGGUCUCAUUGGACCGACCAUGGAACAACCGGAAUACAACAUGCUCACGCGGACCAAAGUCGAAUCCGAGUUUGUGCAUCUGUAUAGAGAAGUUGGCACCGGAUUGACCGUCUUCUCACCACUUGCUAUGGGGCUUUUGACUGGCAAGUAUAACGACGGUAUCCCAGAUGAUUCACGACUUGGAGUAAGCGACGACAAGUUUGUAAAGCUGACAAAGUCGGAGUUUGGUAACGAGGAGGGUAAGAAAAUGCUGGAUAAGAUUGCUCGUCUCAAGCCUGUAGCUGAAAGCCUAGGAACGUCACAGGCGAUAUUGGCGCUGGCAUGGGUGCUGAAGAACAAGAAUGUUAGCUCGGCUAUUACGGGAGCCAGCAGACCGGAGCAGAUACUGGAGAGUGUGAAAGUAUUCUCCAUCUUGCCCAAGUUGACCGACGAGAUCAUGGAAGAGAUUGACAACAUACUUGGAAAUCGACCGACGCCAUAUACAAGUCGAUUUAUAUAG